CUAGAGAGGCUGUACUUGGUUAUUUUUCUGAGGUCAUUAAAUUAAACGAGCGAAGGGUUCAGAUACAGGUUGACCCAUUACAAGUCGGAACUGAUGGAUUUUUAAUGAAUUUAACGAGUGUAUUAUUACAUUUUGCAGAUCCCAUUAUGGAUUUGCUAAAUCCAAAGAUUGAUCGCAUAGAUGUCAAUUAUUUUCGUAAAUCUAAUCGAAUUGAUAUUAGUCGGGAGACCAAAAUUAAGGCUACUAAACAAGAAGCAGAUGCGUAUUUUUCGAUAGUAGAUGAAAGCGCGUCUGCUCCAAACUUUGUAUCUGAAAUAUUUUUUCUUACAAUUACAAUGCAUCAUUAUGGUCCAUUACAUUGCUAUGAAAAAUAUAAUGCUUUCAUCAGAGAUAUAUCAGAGCUCCAAAAACAAUAUGAUCGAAUGAGAGCUGAUCAACAUAAUUGGGCAGGGACUCCGAUGGCUGCAAGAAAUGAAGAGAUAUUGGCACAUUGUAAAACGCAGCUUGAAAAACUUACAUCACACAGAAUAGCAUACGAAACCCAACUUUUGGAUCAAGUUUACUUGGAUCAUUCACUUAAAUUUUACAAUCUAGUAAUGAAUUGGAUGCUUAGAAUCGUUGAUCCCACUGGAAAACAUCCAGAAAAACAAAUACAGUUACCGCUUCCUCCAACACCACCUGAUACGUUCGCUAUGUUGCCUGAAUAUAUUUUUGAAGAUGUAACUGAAUUAUUCCUCUUUGUCGCAAAGUAUACUCCACGAUCGUGUGUUGCCUCUCAAGAUGUGUUGAUAGUUUUCAUUAUCACUUUUCUCAAAUCUUCAUCUUAUAUUAAGAAGCCCUAUUUGAAAGCCAAAUUAGUAGAAAUUUUGUUCUACUUUACAUUUCGCAACGAUCGUGAAGGUGGUAUAGUAGAUUUAUUAAAUUCACAUCCUCUUGCUCUGAAUCAUUUGUUACCAGCUCUGAUGUCCUUUUAUGUCGAGGUGGAACAAACCGGUGUACAUACGCAAUUUUAUGACAAAUUUAACAUUCGAUAUAAUAUUUCACAAAUAUUCAAGGAGAUAUGGGGUAACCAUAUACAUAAGGAAAAAUUGAAAGAAGAGAGUCGUAACAUUGAUUCCUUUGUCCGAUUUGCAAAUUUGUUGAUGAAUGACGUUACCUUUUUAUUAGAUGAAAGCUUAAGGAAGCUUGCAGAAAUCCAUUCUAUACAAAACGAAAUGGAUAAUAGGGAAGAGUGGGAAAGUAAACCACAGCAAUAUCGCCAAGAGCGCGAAAGCACACUCCGUGCUGAUGAACGAUCAGCAACUUCUUACAUGUCACUUGGAAACGAAACAGUAAACAUGUUGGUAUAUAUGACGUCUGAAGUUGCGGACCCAUUCCUUACACCUCAAAUGGUUGAAAGAUUGGCAGCGAUGUUGGAUUAUAAUUUAAAGUCACUAGUUGGGCCAAAAUGUACAGAACUUAAAGUUAGAAAUCCAGAGACAUACAGUUUUAAACCUAAAGACUUAUUGUCGCAAUUGGUUAAUAUUUAUUUGAAUUUAUGUAAACAUAAAGAAUUUAUACAAGCAGUCGCAAGGGAUCGUAGAAGUUACGAUAGAACGUAUUUUUCAAAAGCAGCUAGUAUUUUAUUGAAAUUUGGAUUAAAUUCAGAGAAGAAUGUCAGUGUGCUGGAGAAAUUUGUUAAUGAAGUAGAAAAAACAAUUAAAUUGGAAAUUGAAGGAGAGGAAGAGUUGGGUGAUGUUCCAGAGGAAUUUUUGGAUCCGGUUUUAUUCUCUAUUAUGGAAGAUCCUGUAAUCUUACCUGGAUCAAGAGUAAGUGUCGAUCGAAGCACUAUCACAACACACUUAUUAAGUGAUUCAACAGAUCCCUUUAAUCGAAUGCCAUUGACAAUUGAUCAAGUUAUACCAAAUACUGAAUUAAAGAAACGAAUAGAUGAUUUCCGGCGGGAAAAGCGGCGAAAAUGA